GUGACUCUGCUGCUCCUUCAGUCAGGUGGAGUCCUGACUGGUUCCAGGAAACAGAUCACCUGUCUGAGCGUCCAGGAGUGGACUGGAAACUUUCUUCUUCUUCAGCGCUUUGAAUAAAGUGUGAAGGUAGAAAGUGUGUGUGAGCUGCUGUGAGUUGAGCAUCAUGGAUGAGUGUGAGGACAGAGAGGAGGGAGUCCCUCCCUCUAAAAGCUCUCUGUGUGGGGAACAGGAGAACCAGAGCAAAGAUCAGAGGAAUCCACCUGGACCUGGACCUGGACCUGGACCUGGACCUGGACCUGGACCUGCAUCCAGCUGUGUGUCCUUCAAGAGUGACCGGUCUAUGAGAAAUCCUAUUAAAUUUAAAGGAGAACAAGGUCCUGCUACAGAAGGAAUCCAUCAGAGACCAGAGUCCUGUGGACCUGAACCUUCAUCUGCAUGUGCAUGCAGCUGUGUGUCCUUUAAGAGCGACAAGUCUAAGGAUGAUCCUAUCUAUUUUAAAGGAGAACCAGGUCCUGCUGCAGGGAGAGUGGAGCAGCAGAACUCAGAGGUUCCCAGAGCUCAGUCUGUCCAGCAGCAUCACCUGGACUCCAUAUUCAUGCUGCUGGAGGAAAACAUGGUGACUUUUGUGAAGAAGGAGCUGAAGAAGAUGCAGAAGCUUGUGAGUCCACAUAAUCCAGAAUGCUCAGAGAGUCAGAGGGAGGAUGAGGAGGAGUUGGAGGGUGAUGAUGAAGAUCAGAGCAGCAGCAGAGAGAUGUUUGAGCAGAUCACAGUGUUGUUCCUGAGGAGGAUGAAGCAGGAGAAGCUGGCUGACUGUCUGCAGAGCAAACUUCCUGCAGUUUGUGGACGUGAACUUAAAUGUGGUCUGAAGAAGAAGUUCCAGAGAGUGUUUGAGGGCAUCACUAAAGCAGGACAGCCAACCCUCCUGAAUGAGAUCUACACAGAGCUGUACAUCACAGAGGGAGGGACUGCAGAGGUCAAUGAUGAACAUGAGGUCAGACAGAUUGAAGCAGCAUUCAGGAAAGCAGACAGAGCAGAAAGAAGCAUCAGAGCAGAAGACAUUUUUAGAGGCUCACCUGGAAGAGAUGGACCAAUCAGAACAGUGAUGACAAAGGGAGUGGCUGGCAUCGGGAAAACAGUGUUAACACAGAAAUUGACUCUGGACUGGGCUGACGACAAAAGCAACCAGGACAUCCACUUCAUGUUUCCAUUGACUUUCAGAGAGCUGAAUGUGGUGAAAGAGAGAAAGUUCAGCUUGGUGGAACUUGUCCAUCACUUCUUCAGUGAAACCAAAGCAGGAGGAAUCUGCAGCUUUGAAGACGUCCAGGUUGUGUUGAUCUUUGACGGUCUGGAUGAGUGUCGCCUUCCUCUGGACUUCCACAACAAUGAGGUCCUGACUGAUGUUAGAGAGUCCACCUCAGUGGAUGUGCUGCUGACAAACCUGAUCAGGGGGAAGUUGCUUCCCUCUGCUCGCCUCUGGAUAACCACACGACCUGCAGCAGCCAAUCAGAUCCCUCCUGACUGUGUGGACAUGGUGACGGAGGUCAGAGGGUUCACCGAUCCACAGAAGGAGGAGUACUUCUGGAAGAGAUUCAGAAAUAAGAAGCAGGCUAAGAGGAUCAUCUCCCACAUGAAGAAGUCACGAAGCCUCCACAUCAUGUGCCACAUCCCAGUGUUCUGCUGGAUCACUGCUACAGUUCUGGAGGAGCUGCUGAGAAGCAGAGAGGGAGGAGAUCUGCCCAGAACCCUGACUGAGAUGUUCAUCCACCACCUGGUGGUUCAGGCCAAAGUCAAGAAGGUCAAGUAUGAUGGAGGAGCUGAGACAGAUCCACACUGGAGUCCAGACAGCAGGAGGAUGAUUGAGUCUCUGGGAAAACUGGCUUUUAAUCAGCUGCAGAGAGGAAACCUGAUCUUCUAUGAGUCCGAUCUGACAGAGUGUUGCAUCGAUGUGGAAGCAGCCUCAGUGUACUCAGGAGUGUUGACACAGAUCUUUAAAGAGGAGAGAGGGCUGUACCAGGACAAGGUAUUCUGCUUCGUCCAUCUGAGCGUUCAGGAGUUUCUGGCUGCUCUUCAUGUCCAUCAGACCUUUAUCGACUCUGGAAUCAACCUGCUGGAAAAACAAACAACCUCCAACAAACCUGAUCCAACACGUUUCUACCAGAGAGCUGUGGACGAGGCCUUACAGAGUCCAAACGGACACCUGGACUUGUUCCUGCGCUUCCUCCUGGGGCUGUCACUGCUGACCAAUCAGAAUCUCCUACGAGGCCUGCUGACACAAACAGGAAGUAGCUCACAGACCAAUCAGGAAACAGUGUGGUACAUCAAGGAGAAGAUCAGUGAGAAUGUGUCUGUAGAGAGAAGCAUCAAUCUGUUCCACUGUCUGAAUGAACUGAAGGAUGUUUCUCUCGUGGAGGAGAUCCAACAGUCCCUGAGAUCAGGACGUCUGUCCACAGAUGAACUGUCUCCUGCUCAGUGGUCAGCUCUGGUCUUCAUCUUACGGUCAUCAGGAGAAGACCUGGAUGUGUUUGACCUGAAGAAAUACUCUGCUUCAGAGGAGGCUUUUCUGAGGCUGCUGCCAGUGGUCAAAGCCUCCAAGAAAGUUGUACUGAGCGGCUGUAAUCUGUCAGAGAGAAGCUGUGGAGCUCUGUCCUCAGUCCUCAGCUCCCAGUCCUCCAGUGUGACAGAGCUGGACCUGACUAACAACAACCUACAGGAUUCAGGAGUGGAGAGUCUUUCUGCUGGACUGGAGAGUCCACACUGUAAACUGGAAGCUCUCAGACUUAAUAACUGUAAUCUGUCAGAGAGAAGCUGUGGAGCUCUGUCCUCAGUCCUCAGCUCCCAGUCCUCCAGUGUGACAGAGCUGGACCUGACUAACAACAACCUGCAGGAUUCAGGAGUGGAGAGUCUUUCUGCUGGACUGGAGAGUCCACACUGUAAACUGGAAGCUCUCAGGCUGUCAGGCUGUCUGGUCACAGAGGAAGGCUGUGCUUCUCUGGCCUCAGCUCUGAGCUUCAAGACCUCAAAUCUGAGAGAGCUGGACCUGAGCUACAACCAUCCAGGAGACUCAGGAGAGAAGAUGCUGAGGGCUAAACUGGAGGAUCCACACUGUAGACUGGAAAAUCUCAGGGUGACGCCUGCUGGAGUCCGAUGGUUGACACCAGGUCUGAGGAAGUAUUCCUGUCAACUCACAGUCGACACAAACACAGUACACAGAGACCUCAAACUGUCUGACAACAACAGGAAGGUGACACGUGUGGAGGAGGUUCAGUCGUAUCCUGAUCAUCCAGACAGGUUUGAAGUCUGGAAACAGCUGCUGUGUCGAACUGGUCUGACUGGUCGCUGUUACUGGGAGGUGGAGUGGAGAGGAAUUGUUCAUAUAUCAGUGAGUUACAGAGGAAUCAGAAGGAAAGGAGGGAGACAUGACUUGUCUCUGUGCUGA